ACAGACAUCCCAUCAUGAACAUGCUUGUCGUGCCAGCGCUGUUCCUGCUCUCUGGUUCACUCUGUGGUGCCUCAGUGGUGGAUCCUGUUCCCACCUUUGACUACCGAGACCCAUUAACCAAAGAAAUCCUCAAAUGUCCCAAGUGUCCACCAGGCACGUUCAUGUCUGCUCGUUGCACUGCCACCACACCCACACAGUGUCAGUCGUGCAAAAAUGGCCACUUCACCGAGCUGUGGAACUACCUGCCCAGGUGUCUGUACUGCAGCAACCUUUGCACAGGUAACCAGGAGGUGGAAACAGAGUGCUCCCCGACAACCAACAGGAUCUGUCGGUGCAAAGAAGGCUUUUACUUGGCUGAUGACUUCUGUAUCAGGCACACAGAGUGUGGCCCCGGAUACGGGAUUCAAACCAAAGGUACACAGCAGACAAACACUGUUUGUGAAAAGUGUCCAGAGGGAUAUUUUUCCAGCUCAUCUUCUGCUGUGGAUUUGUGUGUAAAACAUCAGGAGUGCACCAGCGGGCAGAGCGUACUCCUCACUGGCUCAGCCUAUUCUGACACUGUGUGUGGCACCUGUGAGAGUCUUGCACACGGAGGUGAGACUCUCAGGACACUCCUCUCAGGAUUCUUCCAUACACACAGGAUGCGUGUAGGAAAAAUCAAGAAAUUUGUUUCCAAAUACAUCAUUACCUCGUCGGAAGAGAGGUGCAGUCUCCCCAAACAGAGAGAGCCUCUCAUGGAUCACAUCAUAGACUGGCUGGCAAAGGCUCCAGAGGAAAAGCUGAGGAAGGUUCCCGACAUGCUAAGAGCUUCAGAUCUUAACUCCAUGGCAGAAAGACUAAAGAAGAGACUCCAUGAGAUUAAGCAGCAGAACCCAAACUGCAGCUUAACAAUAGAUGAAGUAAACAAUGCUCUCUAGUCUGCAGUCUGUUACACAC